GGCCGGUAGGCGGCAGUGUUGGGGGCGUUUGUUGGCUGGAGCGAGAUUUUGCUGUUCAUGUGGUUGAGUUUUUCAUGUAAAUGUGUUAAAAAAGAGUCUGUUUUAGCUGUUUUUACCAGUUUAAACUCUUUGUCUUUCUUCUGGUGUUGCAGAAACCCGCUCAGAGCUGCUGCUGAGGGGCUCAGUCAGCUGGCACGGUUAGAGGACACUGGCAGUAAUAUGGCAGGAAUAGGAAGACUCUCAUCCAGAACGUCAGUGCUGCUGCUGUGCGACAUGCAGGAGAAGUUUCGGCCAACCAUCUUCCAGUUCACCAAUGUGGUGAGCAAUGCUGCGAGACUUCUGCAGGCUUCUCGAAUCCUGAGCAUUCCUCCGAUUCUGACCGAGCAGUACCCCAAAGGCCUGGGUCCCACCGUGCAAGAGCUGGGGGCUGAGGGUCUGAAGCCUCACUCCAAAACAUGCUUCUCCAUGCUGACCGACACUGUGGAGAAGGAGCUCGCCAGCCUGGGGAACCCAAAGCAGGCCAUACUCUGCGGCAUCGAAGCACAAGCCUGUAUUGCGUGUACAGCUUAUGAUCUGCUGGAGAGAGGGAUGGAGGUUCACGUUGUUGCAGAUGCUGUUUCAUCUCGGAGUCAGACGGACCGGUUGUUCGCUCUGUCGCGGCUGAAGCAGAGCGGAGUGUUUCUCACCACCACUGAGGGGGUCCUACUGCAGCUGGUGCAGGACGCCAAGCACCCCAACUUUAAAGAGAUCCAGAAGCUCCUGACCCAUUCUUCUCCAGACACAGGCCUCCUGGCCUUCUUCAGCUCGCUGUAGGAGUACACACACAAACACACACACAUUACACUGCGAUCCACUGUGAUAUCGGUUAUGGCCCUCAUCUAAAUCAUCAUUACUGUAAUAUUAAUUUUGACAGUAUUCUUGCAGAUAUUGAUAAUAAUCUACCAUGAAUAUCCUAACUAUCUCACUUCCAGAUCAGUGUUAUAUAAAACACAAUGAUUUUAAAUAAUUCUGCAUUGCAGUUUACAAUAUGGACAUCUAUAUCAUGUGGCUCCACAUUUAGUAAGCAAUUAUGUUAUAAUAUUUAUCACAAUAAUUUUACCUCGAAUGAUUGUUUCCUUUUUUUAAAUCAGAAACUGAAAAACAAGAAAAAUUAAACAGUUUAGUUUCCAACUACAUUCAGAGAAUGUUAUACAGUGUGUAUUGUGUAUGCAUUGUUAAUAAUUCAGUAAUAAAUAAUGAUGCUGCUUUGUAUAA